GGCAAGCAUGACAUCCUUUUUCUUCGUAGAACAAGAAAAACGGUGCAACAGGGAAAUAUUUCCCUUUUAUUUCCAAAACAAGCGUUAUCAGUGUGAAGCUUGGUGCAGGGAGGGAUGGAUCCGCUUGAACACAUGCUGACGGACCCUCUGGAUCCAAAAGAGGAAGACUGCGGACAGAUCACGGAGGAGUGCAUGCUCGGGACCUGUAAAGUGGACCUCCCAGAGGACCUGCUGGAGGAUCCUGACAUUUUCUUCUCUGUGCUGAGUGAAAGCACCUGGAAGGACGUUCUGACAGACUCUCAGAGACAACAUCUUCAGCAGUUCCUGCCUCAGUUUCCUGACAACAACACAGAGGAGCAGGACCGCACCGUCAGCGACUUGUUCAACAACACAAACUUUUACUUUGGCAAUCCGCUCCAUCUGGCACAGAGGCUGUUCAGAGAUGGUUACUUCAAUCCGGAAGUGGUGAAGUACAGACAGUUGUGUGCCAAAUCCCAAAGGAAGCGGCAGCUGCAUUCCCUUCAGCAGUAUUACCACAGACUCUUGAAACAGAUUCUCGUCUCCAGAAAGGAACUGCUCGACUUUGCCGUUCAGAAUGGUCUGGACUUUCCACAGAAAAGACGGCUGCCGCACAAGACUCAGGCUGAAAUGCGCGAGUCAAGAGUGAAAAGAAGACUGAGCUGUAUCCUGAAGGAGGUCAAAGCUGAGUGUGAAGACAGCAAUGCUUCCUCUGAUGAUGAUGAUAUCUCCUUGUGGAAUCCAGCCCCUCAGUCUCCGUCCUCUCCCACUCCUACUGUCUCGCUCAAAGUUCUCCCUAGCCUCUCUACUCCAGACAUGAAGAUUACAGAAAAAGUAGAGCUAGGGGAACUGGACUUGAAAGUCAUGCUGCACCACCAUCGCGAGAAAAGGAAAAGCCAGCCAGACCAUCCAGACUUGGUAACCUCUGAUAUCCACCUCGGGGAUUUACUUUCCAGAGCAAACAUUGGUCGGAAGGGGGCUUUGCCACUUUUCGACCUGCCGCUGCCCAAGAAAAAGAUCAGAGACGAGCGGAAGAAGAAGAAGCUGAAGGCAAUAAAAGUGGAGUGCGAGGAUCCCUGUGAAAUUCUGACACCUACAGACUCCGGCUCUGUCCCCCCGGUGAACAUCAUUAACCCUUUACCAGACGCACCUUCCACACCUCUCACCAGCAUCAAGGAGGAAAUCGUGGAAGAAAGUCAAAGCAGCCCUGUUGCAAUUGAAGAAAUAACGGCCAGUUUCUUCAGCUUGUUGGAAAACAUCUUCAGAGCAGAGGGUCCUGCCAGUACCUUGAUGUUGGAGGAAAAGGUCCAGACGUGGCAGUCCUCUCCAGCCAGUUCCCUCAAUGCAUGGUUUUCAUCGGCCUCGUGCUGGUCCGAUCUGGUUCUUCAAGCUCUCCAGUUUCUUGCCGGAGAGACUAAAGAUGGCAUGAUGGCGCUCCCUAGUGGCUUUUCUCCAUUUGUGGAGUUUGUUGAUGGAUUCCAGCAGUGGAGAUGGAUUGGCCCCACUCAGGAUAUAGAGAAAGAUCUCGGUGCGCUCUGUCAACUCUGGCUGGACUCCAAAGACUUUGUUGUCAAGACAGAAAAUGAAGACAUGUUGGAGCUUACGCCAUCCACACCGAAACUUUCAACCGAUUAUGUGGUGCGGCCCAGCACUGGCGACGAGAAACAAGUGUUUCAAGUCCAGGAGCAGCAGCGCUAUAACCAGCCUCACAAAGCCUUCACCUUCAGGAUGCACGGCUUUGAGUCGGUGGUGGGGCCGGUGAAAGGCGUGUUUGACAAGGAAAUGUCCUUGAAUAAAGCCAGAGAGCACACGCUGCUCCGUUCUGACCGGCCGCCAUACGUCACCAUCCUCUCUCUGGUUCGGGAUGCAGCUGCCCGGUUACCCAACGGAGAGGGAACAAGAGCGGAGAUCUGUGAACUCUUGAAAGACUCACAGUUUCUUGCUCCAGAAGUCACAAGUGCACAAGUGAACACGGUUGUCAGUGGGGCUCUGGAUAGGCUUCACUAUGAGAAGGACCCCUGUGUGAAGUAUGACAUCGGACGCAAACUGUGGAUUUACCUGCACCGCCACCGCAGUCAGGAAGAGUUCGAGAGGAUCCACCAGGCUCAAGCUGCAGCUGCCAAAGCAAGAAAAGCUCAGCAGCAAAAACCCAAACCAGCGUCUAAGCCGAAGUCUGGAAGUAAAGACGGAAGCGGCAAACCACCUGGAUCUUUGGAGGCAGGACUGGACCUGGGCUGUAAUUCCAUGUCGCCAGUCCCUACAACACCCACCCCAAACACUCCUGGAACCCCCAAAUCACCAGUACCUCUCUCUGCUGCCACCCCAACCAAGACUGCCGUCCCAGAUACGAUCAAAAGCAGCCCAGGUGUUCUCCUCGUCUCUCCUCCAUCGCUGCCUCAGCUGGGAACGAUCCUGCCCACGAGUCAGGCUUGUCCGCCCGCCACGCAGCCGGUAACUUCCCAGCAAGCCGCUCGCAUAGUGAGCCACCUGGCAGCGGGCUCCCUCCCUCAGGUGCGGGUUGUUUCCGCCCAGCCCGGUAUGGGUCCAUCAGCGGCCGCUCAGCAGGCCACGCUGGUGCAUCAGACCUCUCACCAGAUCCGGAUGCCUGUGUCAGUGGCGGCCAAGGGCCUUUCACAAGCUGUGGUUUCUGUGCCUCUGAGAAGUCCGUCCGGUAGCAGUCCAGUCCAGGUUCCCACCACCCUGUCUGUGUCAGCUCUUACAGUCACCAAACCUCCGACCGGAUCUCCAGGCAGCCCCGCUAACAACCCUACGUCUCCAGCGGUGCUGCAAGGCGUCACCAACCCCAACAUCAAACAGGUCUCCAUCACUGGACAGCUGGGAAUGAAGUCGCCAGGCGGAGCAGGAAUUCCAAUAACGGCGACAAACCUGCGCAUCCAGGGCAAAGAUGUCCUCCGCCUUCCCCCGUCCUCCAUCACCACAGACGCCAAAGGCCAAACGGUGUUGCGGAUAACCCCAGACAUGAUGGCCACUCUCGCCAAAUCUCCCGUGACGACCGUAAAGCUCACCUCCGACUUUCUGGGCGGCGGCGCCACGGGCGGCAAGAGCAUAUCGGCCACUCUCCACGUAGCGCCGCCUCACCCUUCGCCGUCUCCUGCCGCCGGCGCCUCGCCCGGCGCCGGGGAAGCACACACGUCUAAAUCCGGCCCCGUUGCCUCCACCUUGCUGAAGGCCGGAGGAGACACGGCCAUACGGUUGAUGCCGACGUUAGCCGUCAGCGUGGCCGACCAAAAAACCAGGACCUUCUCCACCGUGGCGUCCCCGGACAAGAGCGGCGCCACCAUCCGGAUAAUGCCGGGCCUCGGGGUUAUUCCGCAGAAGCAGGGGCAGACCAUCACGAUGACGACCGCCAGCGGCAGCAAACCGCUAACGGCGUCCACGUGUGCCAACAUUGUGACCAUGGCAGCCAACGUGGUGGCGGGAGCUAAAGGGAUCACCGUGGCUCCCGGAGCCUCCGGUUCGCCUCUGUCGUUGGGAGCAGCGACGGCGACCGUGAGACAAGUCCCCGCUUCAGUCGUCACAACACAAACGGGAAAGCUACCUGCACGGAUCACUGUGCCCCUCUCUGUCCUCAACCAACCCCUGAAGAGCAAGAGUGUGGUGACGACACCAAUAGUCAAAGGAAACCUCAACACAAAUAUCGGCAGCCUGGGCAGAAACAUAAUCCUGACCACGAUGCCUGCUGGCACAAAGCUAAUCGCGGGGAACAAGCCGGUCAGUUUUGUCACAGCGCAGCAAUUCCAGCAGCUUCAGCAGCAAGGGCAGGCGACACAGGUUCGGAUCCAGACGGUCCCGACGCAGCAGCUCCAGCACCACGUGGCAGCUGGUUCCCCCAAACCCGUCUCAACGGUGGUCGUCACGACAGCACCUUCUCCUAAAUGUGCGCCGGACCCUCCACCGGCUCCCCAGCCGUGAUCCGAUCAGUCAGUGGUAAAUGUGUGGGGGCGUUGACUUGUGCCAGCCUGACAGUGAGAGCGUCAGCCUUAGGAUGAGAUUGACUGGUUCUGUUUGUGGGUGCUGACAUAUUUAAAGUAUUUUAUGAUAAAAAAAAAAAAAAAGCUUUCUCCAUCACGUUCUCCACAUUAUUACAACCUAAAUUAUCUGUAUGUGGUUGAAGAAGAGACCCUUUGCUUUCUGGAUAUUUUCUUUUUAAUAGAGUGAUUUUAUUUUAUUUUUUUUCCCCACUUUGCUUCCGGUCGUAAGUUGUUAAUUUCAUAAUCGUAUAUGGUUGAAUUUCUUUAAAUGUUGUGAUUUAUGUGUUCACUUACAUGCAGAAUUAUCUAAAAUCUGUGUUUCUUUGGUUUUGAGAUAUUCCUUCAAAAGAACAAAAAGAGAAAUAAAAUAAACCACACUACCA